CCGGAGCCCUUGAGGCGGCGAAGGGGGGAGGGGAAGAAAGCAAGGGAUGAGCGCCGGGAGGGCGUCGGGGGCCCUGAGCCGGACUAGGACGCCCCUGGAACCGGAACCCGAGCCGGAGCCGGAGCCAGAGCUAAACCACCGGCCGCCUGAGAAUUCCGUCCCAUCUCGCUCUGCAGUGUCCUUGGGAGGGACGGAAGCUCAGGACAAGCUGGAAAGGGGAACGUUCUGGGCGUCGGGGAAGCGGACCAGGGUCGUGGAAGACAGCUUGCGCAGCUGCCGUCUGGCACCCCUGGCCCGGACCAGCACCCCUGGCACGGACAGCUCCCUGGUUGGGUAGGGGGGUGGGGCCAGACCUUAGAGGCUUGCCUGUCUCGGAUCCUGAAGAAGGCAUUCCUAUCCCUCCCCCCAUCUCUAGCUGCAGCCUCCUAACCCCAGGAGGCGCCCUGGCCCGCGCUCGCCCCCCAGGGCCUCAUGUCGGAACCACAGCCUGACCUGGAGCCGCCCCAACAUGGGCUGUACAUGCUCUUCCUGCUUGUGCUGGUCUUCUUCCUCAUGGGCCUGGUAGGCUUCAUGAUCUGCCACGUGCUCAAGAAGAAAGGCUACCGCUGCCGCACCUCGAGGGGCUCGGAGCCUGACGACACCCAGCUCCAGCCCCCUGAGGACGAUGACAUGAAUGAGGACACAGUAGAGAGGAUUGUUCAAUGCAUCAUCCAAAAUGAAGCCAAUGCUGAGGCCUUGAAGGAGAUGCUGGGGGACAGUGAAGGAGAAGGGACAAUGCACCUGUCCAGUGUGGAUGCCACCUCCAGCUUGCAGGACGGAGCCCCCUCCCAUCAUCACACAGUGCACCUGGGCUCCGCAGCCCCCUGCAUCCACUGCAGCCGCAACAAGAGACCCCCACUUGUCCGUCAGGGACGCUCCAAAGAAGGAAAGAGUCGCCCCCGGCCUGGGGAGACCACUGUGUUCUCUGUGGGCAGGUUCCGGGUGACACACAUUGAGAAGCGCUAUGGGCUGCAUGAGCAUCGUGAUGGCUCCCCCACGGACAGGAGCUGGGGAUCUGGUGGGGGGCAGGACCCAGGGGGUGGCCAGGGGUCUGGGGGAGGGCAGCCCAGGACAGGGAUGCCUGCCACUGAGAGCCUUCCCCCUGAGAGGCCGCAGCCCCUGGCCCUUGCCAGCCCCCCAGUGCGGAAUGGAGGACUCAGGGACAGCAGCCUAGUCCCUCGUGCACUUGAGAGGAGCCCUGGAGCCUCUGCAGAGUCGAUGCUGGGGGCUGGAGGAAGGGGCCCAAGCCCAGGGCUGGCCAGUCAAGAGGCAAAUGGACAGCCAAGCAAACCGGACACCUCAGAUCACCAGGUGUCCCCACCACAGGGGGCAGGGGGUGUGUGAGGCCGCCUGACCUGCUUUCCCCAUCACCUCACUCCAUAUGCUAGAGCGUGCGGCUGGGAGCAGGCCCCUGCCCUUGGUGGGCCCUUAAAGCAAUAGCACCUUAGACCCCCUGCCCUCUUGGCACAAGAGGCCCAGGCCCUGGCUUGGGCUUUGUGCCCUUUAUUCACUGUCAAUAAAUCCGCUCAGACGAUUACA